AUGCGCUUCCAACGGUUCCUCCUCCCCCUCGUGGCGACUGCGCCCUUGGCUUUCGCGGCUCCCGAGCCUGCUCCUAACCGUGUUGCGCCUCGAGCCCCUGAGAGCACCAGUGGAUUGUUGUCUGUUCUCAGCGAGAUUGAAGGCUUAUUGUCCACGGACACGAUCAACAACCUGGAGACCAUUAUCUCCGGCGCCGCCAAACUGCUGUCCUCAAGCAACAUCGAUAUCCUGCAGGAUAUCCUGACCAAUGCCCACUCCCUUUUGACUAAGGAGUUUGUCGAUAACACAACGACUUUGAUCGGCGAUGCUACACCGUUGGUUGAGGAUGUGUCGAAGCUGUUGGGCGGUGUUUUGGGCUCCCUAUAG